CUCACCGUUGUCGACGUCCGCCCCAUCUGCCUCCUGCUCGAGCCAUUCUUUUCUCGAGCUCUCUUGCUUGCUCACCGGAUUCGCAGCUAGACUGUCCGCACGCCAACUCGCCCGGGCAACGCUCUUUGUAGACUCGACCCGUUGCAUACCACAACUCUGCCCAAGUGACAGGAUAAUACCUCAAAUUAGCACCACUCACACACGCGUUUAAAAAUGCGUUUCGCAUCAUUCCUUACUUCGACUUCGCUCUCGGCCACGCUUCUGGCUGGCUCUGCUAUUGCUCAGCGCACCACCGAGCAGCAGGAGGCUCAGAUCAACGAUCCCACCCAAGAAUGCACGGCCUACUACUACCAGCCGAGCGCGUCCCAGCUCUACAACUUCCCCACCAUCUGGCAGCCCGCGUCCAUCCUGAGCAACGACACGGACGCUCAGGCCAAGUACCAGAGCAUCCAGAGCGCCAUCCCCAACAUCCAGCCCAAGGGCACCCAGCCCGCGUCGCUCAUGGGCGACUUCUCGGGCAACCAGUACUCGUCGAGCGACCCCGACUGCUGGUGGACGUAUGACAAGUGCAUCACGCCCAAGAUCUCGGGGCUGCCGCCCGAUGUUGCAGCUGCGCCUGAGCCGGAGACGCUGGGCUUUGGGUUCGACGAUGGUCCGAAUUGCUCGCAUAAUGCGUUUUACGACUACCUGCAAACUAAGAACCAGAAAGCUACGAUGUUUUACAUUGGUUCCAAUGUCAUGGACUGGCCUCUUGAGGCUCAGCGUGGUCUUGCCGACGGUCAUGAAAUUUGCGUCCACACCUGGUCUCACCGCUACAUGACUUCCCUCACGAACGAGCAGGCCUUUGCCGAGCUUUACUAUACCAUGAAGGCCAUCAAGCUUGUCGUUGGCGUUACCCCCACCUGCUGGAGGCCUCCCUUCGGUGACAUGGACGACCGUAUCCGCUCCAUCGCUCACUCUCUCGGUCUCACCACCAUCGUCUGGAAGUACGACUCGAACGACUGGCAGGUCGAGGCUGGUCAAGCCACCGUGCAGCAGGUCAACCAGAACUACCAGAACCUGAUCAACGGCGCCAAGAACGGCACAUUCGCUACCUCUGGCGCGAUCAUGCUCACGCACGAGCUUAACAACUUCACCAUGACCGAGAUGAUGACGUACUAUGACCAGCUCAAGGCCGCGUUCAAGUACAUUGUCCCCGUGCUCUCAUCGAUCAACCAGACGCAGCCAUACGUCGAGACCAACUACUCGGCGCCUACCUUCGAUCAGUACAUCAGCGGUACUGUUACCACCUCGGGCUCUCCGCCCAACCCCAGCACGCUCCCUGGUCUUGCCCCCGCUACGACUGGCGCUUCGGGCGCUGCGAGCACCGGCGGUGCCAGCUCGGGCAAGAACGGCGCGAUGGGCGGUAUGUCGUCGAACAUGGGCGCGUGGGCCGUGACUGCCGCUCUCGUGGGUGGUGUCGUCCGCAUUAUGCUCUGAUGAGCAGGGCUUAUCGCAUGAUGGACGGACGGACUUGGUCGUAUUUGAUGGACUUGCCCAGUGUCACCGUCGCUGUCGUUGUCGUAUUGUGUCACGUCGCGUCGUUUGACUGCUACAUCCUUUCACAUCGUAGCUAUAGCUAAUGUUUCUUUUGUUUCUAUUGCAUUUUGCAUUUUGCAUUCUGAGUUCGUAAGCGUUUGACGUAGAGUGAUUUGGAUGAGUUUUCGUUUUGUGUCUUGGCGUGGUGGAUUGAGGUCCAAUAUACCGUAGUUUUAGCAAUGCAUACCAUUAUCACCGAUGGGCG